UCUUUUCCAUCUGCUUUUGAAAGAUUAAGCAAUUCUUCAGCCUUUUUUUAAAUCAUCAGCUUUUGAGAGAAGACAUGGCAAACAAAUCUUACGAGGAGGCCAUUGUUUCCCUCCAGAACCUUAUCAGUGAGAAGGGAGAGCUGGGACCAUUUGUAGCAGAAAGAAUUGAUGAAAUGACAGCUGAGUUACAAACAAGCAGUAAACCGUUCGAUCCAGUUCACAGGAUCAAGUGUGGCUUCAAUUAUUUCAAAACAGAGAUAUAUGACAAAAAUCCAGAAUUGUUUGACAAACUCAAAAAAGGCCAGGAACCCAAGUUUUUUGUGUUUGCGUGCUCGGAUUCACGAGUGAGCCCAUCCCAUAUCCUCAAUUUCCAGCCCGGUGAGGCUUUCAUGGUUCGAAACAUAGCCAACAUGGUCCCUCCUUAUGACAAGCUUAGGUACUCUGGAACUGGAGCUGCUAUCGAGUACGCUGUUCUCCAUCUUAAGGUAGAAAAUAUUCUAGUCAUUGGACACAGUAGUUGUGGAGGUAUCAAGGCUCUCAUGAGUCUUCCAGAAGAUGGUUCUGAAUCAACUGAAUUUAUUGAGAAUUGGGUGAAAAUUGGGUUACCUGCCAAGGCCAAGGUGCUAGCUGAGCAUCCGAAUAUAAGUUUUGAAGAACAGUGCAAAUACUGUGAAAAGGAAGCUGUGAAUGUAUCACUAGCCAACUUGCUGACCUAUCCAUUUGUGAGAGAUGGUUUGGUGAAUAAAACACUGUCAUUGAAGGGAGGUUACUAUGAUUUUAUUAAAGGAGAAUUUAAGCUAUGGGGACUUCACUUUGGUCUUUCUCAUCCUUGUUCUAUCUGAAUUCAACUACACCAUUUUUCUAGUGGGAGAAUAAUACACCUCUUGUUCCUUUUUUAUCUUUCUUGUUGUAUUCGUCUACGUAGUUUAAAUGACUAAAUAAAAUAGAGGAUAAAUUCUCCCGUUUUAUGAUAUAAGACUAGUGGUAAAUUGUUUUAUGUUCAUUAUAUAAGGUAUAAAUAAUGUUUAUGUACGUUCUGCCCAUUUGGGUUUGUUGUAAUAAUGACUCUGUACGUUCUGCAGAGGGAAUUAAAAUAAAUUAUAUUGGCUCAAUA